UUAUACAAGAUUAUAAAUGUACUUUUAUAAGGACUAUAUAAAUUAAUAUAUAAGAGGUUUACAUAGAUAUGUUUUAUUUAUUCUACAGGUUGAGGUUAGCACAGUGAUUGGAUUGGCUGAGGAAUACAAACAUUUGGUGGGGGCAACACAUAGUGACGAUGCUGACUUUCACAGUGUUGUGAAACUAGUUCAACAAGGAUACAAAAUGAGGAGAAGCGAUUGGGAGAAAGGUUUUGUGGAUAUGUUUGUUGCAACAGAAGAUAUAGGUCAACAACGCAAGACAAAAGACGAAGAUGCAGAGCAUGGUGAAGAUCUGAACCAUAAUGAAGAUGAAGAGGAAAAGAAAGAUGAAGAGGAAAAGACAGAUGAAGAGGAAAAUAAAGAUGAAGAGUAUCAAAAGGAUAAGGAGCAAAGAAAAGAUAAAAAUCAUUCCAUGUCUAACAGCGAGAAACUUGAUAAGCUAAUCCAAAUGGUUCGUGAUUUGGAUAAGCGAGUAGUAAUGAUCCAGAAUGUUUUAGGAGUUAAGUUUAACGACAGUUCACCAAACAAAGAAGAUUGUGAAAAUGGAGCUAGUUCUGGUGAUAGAAGAAGUGCACAAGAUUAUGAAAAUGAAGAAGAUACAAUUAAUGAAGAAGCAAACUCUGAUGAUAAAAAAAAUGCACCAGAUGAUGAAAAUGAAGAAGAUACAAUUGCUGAAGCAGCAAACUCUGAAGAUACAAUUGCUGAAGAAGCAAACUCUGGCGAUGGAAGAAGUGCACUGGAUGAUGAAAAUGAAAAAGAGAUAUGUGAUGAAGAAGCAAAAUCUGGUACAGAGCAUCAAAGGGAAGAAGAGAAUAUUCUUGGGGAAAUUGAGACUACACAAAAAAUCACUCAAGACGAAGACACAGAAAAACUUGAAUCAGAAAGUUGCUUGAAACAAACGUCGCAGGUUACGUCGCCUACUCCAACAUUCAAUACUCCAAACUUUGAUACAAGGGUUUCAUCGCCUAAUCCAACAUUUACGUCUCCUAAGUUUGAUCUCCUUUCCCAAGAAAGUCAUAGUGGAAAGGGUACAAAUGAGGUUCUUAUGAGAGAUGUUUAUGAGAUUCCUGUUUUCCAACCUCUAAUGAAAAUAAAAAAGAGAUUGGUACAACAACACAGCCAGGUAAACGAAGAUGUUGAGCCUCCACUUCAAAAGAAGUUUAAAGCUGAUACAGAUAAUGUUCCGCUAAGAAGAAGUGAAAGAGGUCAAAUACCAUCCAUUCAUACACAACCACCGUUUACAGGAGCAAGGAAGAAACAUCCGAUUCUUCAUCCCUUUGAGCCAGUUGAUAAAACAAGAAAAGAAAAAAUGAGAGAAUGGAAAAUGUCAAACAAAAGAAAGAAGCUGAGAAUCAAUCAAGAGAUAGUAAACGCAAAGUGGUUUUCGGAUAUUGAAACUCCGGGAAAAAAACUUUCAAAAACGCAUAUUGAAGCAGGUUUUGAGUUGCUGAAACUGAGACAGAUAAACAAUCCAGAUUUGUUUCUGAACAAAACUGCCUUAGUUGUUGGAGUGAAGUUUCUUGAAGAAAUAGAUGAGUUUUAUGAUGAGUUUUUAGAUGACAAGAAAGGUUUCCAAUUUGGAGCAGGCUUUGACAAGUACAACAUAGAGAAGAAUAUCAACUUCCUCUAUUCGGCCAUUGCAGUAGCAGAGAAGUAUUGGCUUGGAGUUGUAAUCAACUUGGAGAAGAGAAAUAUCACAGCAUUCAAUUGUGCAGCAAUGAAGUUCACAGAUGCGAGUUUGGUCCCUUACGUUAAUGCAUAUGCGAUGGCUCUCCCAUUCAUGAUUCGCUACUUCUUCAAAGAUGUCAGCAUGGAUACAAGCAAGUUCUCGAUAAAAAUUGUAUCUGAAGGUUUCCCACAGGUUCUUAAAAUAGAAGACAGUGGAGUUUAUGCAUUGAAGCUGAUAGAGUGCCAUGCAAUGCGUAUAGUGGAUUUGACAAAGCUGAGUGAAGAAAAAAUUGCAAUCAUCCGAGAAAAGUUGGCGGUUGAUAUCUUCUCGGAAUUACAAUGAAUACUAAUGUGGGAAUGAACAAAAACUUUAUAGCUUGCUUAUAGUUAUGUGUGAACAACUAUCUGUUUUAUGCGUGUUUGGUAAACUUUGUU